AUGGUCGGGAAGCGAGAGGAGCACAAGAGAGUUAGGCCGGAGCCAGCCCGGGGACAACCAUCCGCCACGCCGAGGCGCAGGGUGGACCGGUCUGUCUCGCCGGCGCUGAGGACCAUGUUGCCCUCUUUGGGCGCAUCCCGAACGGAGAUAUUUCUCCAAAUAAGGGAAAAAGGGCUGCUCAGGCCCCCCGUCCCGAUGAAGAACCCACGGGAACUCGUUGACAAAUCCAAGUACUACCGCUUUCACUGGCAAAGCUGGCAUGAUACUGAGAAGUGCCGCGAGCUGAAGCGGCAAAUCGAGGAGCUCGUCCAUAGAGGACACCUCAGUCGGUACGUCCGACAGAAUAGGGAACCCUUGCCCCAUCCGGAGGGCCCCGUUGAGCGCCACAUCGACGUCAUCACGGGCGGCCCAGCAUCCGGUGGGAUCGGUAUGUCCGUAAGGAAGGCAUACACCCGUUCCGCUAGGGCUGAUGCUCCCCGACGCGGCCCCGACCCCGAGGUCGCGUUCCCUCCCGAGGACGUUGAGCGACCAGAGCACGAUGAUGCGCUCAUGAUAAUGGCCUUGGAGCCUAUCUGCUCGGCGCUCAUAAGGUUCAACGAUGACUCGAUCUCACCAUUGGGAGCCGUCACCUUGCCCCUGACUCUAGGAGCACCUCCCAGGACAAAGACGGUGCUGUCCACCUUCUUAGUGGUGGAUCUCCCUACGGCAUACAAUGCCAUCCUCGGUCGCCCCACCCUCAACAAGAUUAGAGCCGUAGUCUCCACCUACCACAAGACGGUGAAGUUCCCGACCUAUGCGGGGAUAGGGGAGGUCUGGGGGAGCCCUCGUGAGUCCAGAUAA